AUGAUACAAAUAUUAAGGUGGCUAUUGAAGCCUAAACUCCAUUCAAAAUGUAUAUAUUACAUAAAGUGUAUAAAGACGCGGUUAGAGACAAUACAAAAAAAGAGAAAAUAUGUUUAUAAGUUUACGAAGGAUGAUACUGCAGAACUUCUUAGACGAGGACGUGAUUAUGAAGCAUAUAAAAGGACUGAAUGGCUUCUGUUUGAAGAAAAAAUGUUAUCAUGCUAUGACUUUAUUGAGAACUUUAUUGGAUGCAUAUCGGAUCAUCUUGAAGAUUUAAUUAAGCAGAGUGAUUGUCCUGAGGAAUGCAAGGAAGCUAUACCGUCAUUGAUAUAUGCUGCAGCAAGAAUUUCUGAUUUACCAGAAUUGCGUGAUCUUAGAACUGUGUUUACAGAAAAAUAUAAAAAUUCUCUUGAACCAUACAUAAAUAAAGAGUUUGUUGACAAGUUGAGAAGAGACCCUCCUGCAAAAGAAAUGAAGAUAAGGUUAUUAUAUGAUAUAGCUAAAGAGUUUUCUAUAAAGUGGAAUGCAAAGGGUCUCAAAAAAAUACUUCAUAAACAUCCAUCAUUAUAUGAUGAGAAAUCUGAUGGAUACAAAUAUGAAAGUGAUGGUUUCGAUACAUCAAAAGAGAAUGAGGCAAGACACCAAUAUAGUAGUGAUGAUGAAACAACAAGCACAGACACAUCAUCACCUCAUCAUCAUGGAAGAAAAUCUAGUUCAAGCUCGUUUGGAAGCUUUUCUGAAGACAAUGAUGAACAAGAACAAAAAGUAGAAGAAGAAAUCAAGAAACCAAGAUCCUUUUUGCUAAUUCCACCCCCUUACCAGCUCAAACAAAAUACUAACAACAAUUCCAACAAAAUAAUAGAUUCUGAAGUACUUGAGAAAAAUGUUGAUUCUAGUGAAAUGAAACCGACAGCUUCUGUGGACACAACAUCAUCGUCAAAAGAGAAUGCACAAGUGUCGAGUGGUGCAUGGCGUGGACCUGAUUAUGAUGAUUUCAUUGCUCGUUUUAAAGCUUUAACAGGAAGAUCGUAG